GGACAACGAGAAAGCACUGAAGCAGCUGCGAACCACGAAGCACUUCGAGCACAGGGAGAGGCAUUGCCCCGAGGAGGGACCCACCUGCGUCGUCGCACUUCCGGAGGGCUACAAAAGAUCCAUCCAAUGGCCCCAAAGUAGGGACAAGAUCUGGUACCACAACGUACCGCACACAAAGCUGGCCGAAGUGAAAGGCCACCAGAACUGGGUCAAGGUCACCGGCGAGUUUUUGACUUUUCCCGGCGGUGGCACCCAGUUCAUCCACGGCGCUCUCCACUACAUUGAUUUUCUUCAACAGUCGGUACCGGAUAUUAAAUGGGGGAAGCGGACACGAGUGAUACUGGACGUAGGCUGCGGAGUGGCCAGCUUCGGCGGCUUUCUAUUCGAGAAAGAUGUCCUCACAAUGUCGUUUGCCCCAAAAGACGAGCAUGAAGCCCAAGUACAAUUCGCGCUUGAGCGGGGAAUUCCGGCCAUUUCUGCCGUCAUGGGCUCCCAGCGACUGCCGUUUCCAAGCAUGGUUUUUGAUGUUAUUCACUGUGCUAGAUGUAGAGUGCCCUGGCAUGUAGAAGGUGGGAUGCUUCUCUUGGAAUUGAACCGUGUGCUGAGGCCCGGGGGAUAUUUCGUUUGGUCUGCGACUCCAGUGUACCAGACGCUGGAAGAAGACGUUGAGAUUUGGAAGGAAAUGUCUGCUUUGACGACCUCCAUGUGUUGGGAGCUUGUGACGAUUCAGAAAGACAAGCUGAACUCUGUUGGGGCUGCCGUAUACAGGAAACCGAGGACAAAUGAAUGCUAUGAUCAAAGAAAACACAAGCGUCCUCCCAUGUGCAAAAACGAUGAUGAUCCAAAUGCAGCUUGGUACGUGCCUUUGCAAGCGUGUAUGCACCGUGUGCCGGUUGACAAAGACGUGAGGGGAAGCAGCUGGCCAAAACACUGGCCUCAGCGAUUGCAAGCACCUCCUUACUGGCUAAACAGCUCCCAAAUGGGGAUUUAUGGCAAACCAGCUCCUCAAGACUUCUCAACAGACUAUGAACAUUGGAAAAGAGUUGUGAACAAAACUUACAUGAACGGACUGGGCAUAAAUUUGUCCAAUAUCAGGAAUGUGAUGGAUAUGAGAUCUGUUUAUGGCGGGUUUGCAGCAGCUCUGAGAGACCUUAAAGUCUGGGUAAUGAAUGUGGUGAACAUCGACUCUCCUGAUACACUUCCGGUGAUCUAUGAGCGUGGUCUCUUUGGGAUUUACCAUGAUUGGUGUGAAUCCUUCAGCACAUACCCAAGAACUUAUGAUCUACUGCAUGCUGAUCAUCUUUUCUCAAAAUUGAAAAAGAGGUGCAAACUGCCUCCUGUCUUGGCGGAGGUGGAUAGAGUAGUAAGACCUGGAGGCAAAUUGAUUGUCCGAGAUGAGUCCGCCACCAUUGGAGAAGUUGAGAACUUGCUGAAGUCUCUCCGUUGGGAAGUUCACUUGACCUUCUCCAAAAACCAGGAAGGGCUGCUGAGUGCUCAGAAAGGCGAUUGGCGACCGGAUACUUAUGCAGAGUCUUCCUGAUUUUGUAGAAAAACAAGCAUCCGAUUCUAAUAAAUUACCCCCUAGAGAGGUUUGUAGACCAGCUAGUAUCUUCGGAAGAGUGCAGUAGGUUAAUAGGCACAUACCUUAAAGCUUGCAAUCAGCUGCUCCCAAACUGCGAGAACUUCAUUAGAGAGAGAUAAAGAGAGAGAUUUGGUCCACAAAUUGUUAGAAUUAUCCAUAAAGUUGAAAAUGAUUACAAACUAUUGUAUUCGGAUACCCUACCUGGAAGUUUUCUCCUUAGUGGGAAAGCAUUUUUCAAGUUAAUUUGUUCA